UAUCUACGCAUCUGCCAUGUGUAGCGUCGUCUUCAUCCACCGCCAAGAUAAGAUGCAAUAGGCAGAAACGGGGGAUUUUGAGAGCACAUUUUCUGAGAAUUUGACGCUCCAAAAAUGGCUUCUCUCCCUCACCCAGUAGCACAUUUUCUUGUCCCCUCUCUAACUCCCAAAACCCCAUCUUCCAUUAAACUCCCAUUUCUUCCCAAAUCCUCCAAUUCCCAGUUUCUGGGAGCCCAAAUUUGUGUUCGCAUUUCCCCUACCUCUGUUCCUUCUUCUUCCUCCUUCAAAAUCACCAUCUCUUCUAAGGUGAACAAGGGCCAAGCCCCUCCUGCGUUCACCCUGAAAGACCAGGACGGGCGGAAUGUGAGCCUCUCUAAAUUCAAAGGGAAGCCUGUGGUUGUCUACUUCUACCCUGCCGAUGAGACUCCUGGCUGCACCAAGCAGGCUUGUGCUUUCAGAGAUUCUUAUGAGAAGUUCAAGAAAGCAGGGGCUGAGGUUGUCGGCAUUAGCGGCGAUGAUUCAUCUUCACACAAGGCUUUUGCAAAGAAAUACAGACUUCCAUUUACAUUGCUGAGUGAUGAGGGUAACAAAGUGAGGAAAGAAUGGGGAGUUCCUGCCGAUCUUUUUGGAACAUUGCCUGGACGACAGACUUAUGUUCUUGAUAAGAAUGGGAUUGUGCAGCUCAUAUAUAACAAUCAGUUCCAACCCGAAAAGCAUAUUGACGAGACCCUCAAAUUACUUCAGAGCCUUUAAAUCUAUGUAUUCCUUGUAGAAUUAGGAAGGUGCUAUUUGUUGGUAUCGGACGAUUAUCUGGUUCUUGUUGAUAUCAAUUGAAGCAGUUUAUGUGUAUGGAAGAACUCUUGAUAGAAUAGUGUUGGUACUCUUUGUUCGGGUUUCUUUUAUUAUUAUUAUUUGUUGAA